AUGUUCUCCGUUGUCUUUGCCAAUGUGGCUUGGAUGCUGCUGUCCUGCCUCAUGCUCCAAUGUCAAGUGAAAGGGGAAGAUGUGCAGACGGAAGAUACAUCUGAGAAAAUCAAUUGCCCAAGUGGUGCCUUGGCCUAUGGCGCCCACUGCUAUGCUUUGUUUCAGUCAGCAAAAUCCUGGAUGGAUGCGGAAUUGGCAUGCCAGAGAAGGCCCCAAGGACACCUUGUGUCUGUGCUCACUGGCUCCGAGGCUUUCUUUGUGGCCUCCAUGAUCAUGAACACAGGGACUAAGUACAAGAACAUCUGGAUGGGACUUCAUGACCCCACAGAGGGCCUCGAACCCAAUGGACACGGCUGGGUAUGGAUCAACAAUGAUGUGCUAAAUUACCGUGCCUGGGAAAAAACUGACUGCAACUCUGUUCCAGGCUACUGUGGGACCCUUUCAGAAACUUCAAAUUAUGAACAAUGGAGAGAUUAUGACUGUGAUAAACUGCUUCCCUAUGUCUGCAAGUUCAAGAACUAG